UCAUAAUUUAGUCUUCAGUACUAGUGGCACCAGUCAGUGCUCUGCAUCUGCAUCACCGCCACAGCCUGUAUAUAAAGAGGUGUGGCCACUGCCAUCUCCUCCACCAAACCACAAGCUCGAAGACACUGGCACAGCUUCUGGUUGCAUUGCAGCUGCAGAAGAUCGAUCAGUAGCUUCUCAACCUAAGCUAGCGUCGAUCGAACACAAAUCUUUCCACAUCGUGUUGAGCGGCAUCUGAAAAACCCAGCAGCACACAAUGAAGCAAAAGAUCGUUAUCAAGGUCAGCAUGUCGUGCGACAAGAGCCGGUCCAAAGCCUUGUCGAUGGCGGCGAGAGCAGCCGGGGUGACCUCGAUGGGGAUAACCGGCGACUCGAGGGACCAGCUAGAGGUGGUCGGCGACGGCGUCGACCCGGUGUGCCUCGUCAGCUGCCUACGCAAGAAGCUCGGCUCAGCCCACAUCGUGCAGGUGGAGGAGGUCAAGGACAAGAAGCCGGAGGAGAAGAAGAAGGAGGAGCCGAAGCCAGCUGCGCCCGUACUGUACCCGCCGCCGCACUGCUACUCCGGCUCCGGUUACUACCACCACCCAUACCCGUCGCAGAUGGUGGUCUGCGACGAGCCCAGCAACUGCGCCGUCAUGUGAUUGCCGGAAAUCCUUUUCUUCUUGCCAAUCAUUUGCCAGCAACUAUAAAUAUUUAUACACAUGCGUUUAUUGAUUGAGUGUAUAUAGUUUAUAUAUAAAAAAGGAGAAACUGAUAUAUCUACGGACUCA